AUGAGAAACAUGAAGCUGCUUUUACAAGCUGGACUCAUAUUUGAAUUGGUUUCGACUAUUUUGUGCUGUCUGAGGGUCCCAGAUAAUCAAAUAACAAAAGCUACCAAACAUGCGAGAGUUGAUGUUAUUAUUGACAAUCAUCACAUUGGAUUAAACAUCAGAAAAUAUGAUGGAACUAAUGUGUACAAUGUGCUUCGCACUCAUUCAGGGAUGUAUUCAAUGACGCCGUUAGUUUUUGGUGAUUGUGGUUCUGAAGUCAUAUGCGUAAUACAGGGUGAUGAUAUGAAAACAGAAAUCAAAUUGAGCUCUGAUAGUGAAAUUAUUACAAUUUCUCGCACUGUGAGCGAUAGUGCAACAGCAAUCAUCGAUUGUUAUGAACUUACCGAUGGAACACAAUGGUUUGGAGGUCCACAACUGCGUUACCAGCAUUGGCCAAUUCAACAUAUGCGCUAUGAAGAAGAACCUUAUCUACCGACUCACCCAGUCAAUAUGGGAUUGGCCGAAAGAUACUGGUUGUCAAGCAAAGGGAUUUAUAUAUUUGUCGAAGAUGCAGCUCCGCUAUUCAUUGAUCAAAAUAAUUACAAGGAUAAAAACCUCUGUUUAAUAGCCAAAAACAAAGCACCUUAUAGACAUCGCGAAUCUAUCGAAUUGAAUUAUGAAAUUGGUGUAUUUGGUGACCCGAGGUCAGCUCAUGAAAAUGUAAUCCAUGAUCAUUUGGGAAAACCAACUGGUCACCCUGAUGAGAGAAUGAUUAUGAACCCAAUAUGGUCAACUUGGGCACGGUAUAAAGCAAAUGUGAGCACAGAAAUAGUAAAUGAAUUUGCAGAUGAGAUUCUUCAGUAUGGGUUCAACAAUAGCCAGCUAGAAAUUGACGAUAACUGGGAAACUUGUUACGGCUCUGCUAUUUUUGAUACAAAAAAAUUUCCCAACAUUAAAUCUCUCACAGAUGGUCUUAAAGCCAAAGGUUUCAGAGUGACUUUAUGGAUUCAUCCUUUCAUAAACGAAGAGUGUGUUCCUGCCUAUACUGAAGCUUUGAAUGAUGGGUAUUUUGUGAAAAAUAUCGAUGGUGAAGUGCGGAUGGCGUGGUGGCAGGGAAAGCAAGCAGCUGCAAUUGACUUCACUAAUCCCACAGCUGUGGAGUGGUGGGUCCAGCGGCUAAAAAAUCUUCAACUCACGAGCGGUAUAGACAGUUUUAAGUUUGACGCCGGUGAGAUUUCAUGGCUGCCUCAGAUACCCAGUAUAUCAGGCGAUGUUGAAUUAUCACCUGGUAGUUUUACCAGCAGUUACGUCAGAACACUUGCUAAAAAUUUUGAUGACAUGAUCGAAGCACGUGUUGGUUGGAGGACUCAAGACUUGCCAAUUUUCAUAAGAAUGAUUGACAAGGAUACAACGUGGACUUGGAGCAAUGGACUUCCAACAUUAAUCACAACUCUUUUACAAAUGAAUAUGAAUGGAUACGUUCAUGUUCUUCCUGAUAUGAUCGGGGGGAAUGGAUAUCUUAACGGUUUUCUCAAUGGUACAGAGUAUCCUCCGAAAGAAAUGUUCAUAAGAUGGUUACAGACUAAUGUUUUCAUGCCGUCGCUGCAAUACUCCUUCGCACCGUGGGACUUUGAUGAUGAGACAGUCACAGUAAGUAAAAAAUAUACGGAUCUGCAUGCAGAAAUAACACCGACUAUUAUACGCCUCAUGAAGAAAGCAGUAGAUACCGGAGCACCACUGAAUCCACCAAUUUGGUGGGUAGAUCCAACAAAUAGGGUAGCUCACAGAAUUAAAGAUGAAUUUUUACUUGGUGAGGAAAUCCUUGUUGCACCAGUGAUUGAAGAAGAUGCGAUACAACGAGACAUAUAUCUUCCGAAGGGUUCUUGGAAGGAUGCUAUCACAGAUGAAAUUCAUACCGGACCCUUGUGGUUGAAAAAUUAUCCAGCUCCGUUGGAUGUUUUACCCUACUUUUACAAAAUAGUAUAAAAAUUUCAAGGUUGAGACCGCACCGAUACACCCUAGCAUUGUGAAAAUUUG